AUGGUGCAGACAUCGACUGUCGUGACGGCUUCGGUCGCUACCGUCAUUACUGGCGCUCUCGCCUACGCCGCCUACUUCGACUACAAGCGUCGAGCCGAGCCCGAGUUCCGCCGCAACCUCCGUCGCAACGAGCGCCAAAGGCUCGCGCCGAGAAGGAGGACGAGAAGGCAGAGCCAGCUCCAACGCCAAAAGACCCGCGAGGCCGUCGCCAACGCCAUCGAGGAGGGCUUCCCCGCGACCCCUCCGAGAGGGAAAUCCAACACGCUGUUUGAAGCCGCGCUCGCUUUCUACAAGGCCCUCAAGGUCUACCCUUCUCCCGGUGAUCUCAUCGGCAUCUAUGACCAGACCGUCUCCAAGCAAGUACUAGACAUCCUCGCCGAGCUCAUCGCCGCCGACCCCACCCUCAAGAUCGGCACCAACGCCGAAGGCGAGUCGGUACCCGUAAUGCCCCUACCGUCGGCCUCGACUAAAUCGUUGCGUGGCGACGCCGAGUUGCGUUCCUCCUCCCUCGCAACCGACCUACCAAGAAUCUCGAAGCGGUGA